GCCUCGUGGCGGGGGCCGCUGGACUGCUUCGGCGGGGGCUGCGAGGCCACGGGCGAGGGCUGCGGCGUCGAGUGCGAGUGCCGGCACCUGGACGGCGUGGAGAGGCGCCGCUUCUUCGCGCCCGGCUGGCGGUGGCCCCAGCGGCCGCGCGUGGUGGUCUGCGCCGGGCAGGCGCGGAGCGGCUCCACGUGGCUGUUCAACGCCGCCAGGCUGCUCUACCGCCAGCUGCGGGUGGCCUGCGACUCCUACCCGGGGAGCAAGCCACGGCGUGCACAGGUCUCUCUGCUUGGGUCGCUGUUUUUGCGCCCCGAGCCUACUGGAUGCGGCGCCUGAGCGAGGCGAAGCUGGCGCGGCGCCUGCGCUCGGGGGCCCACGUGCUGGUGAAGACCCACGAGUGGCGCGGGGAGUACGGCGGCCUGCUGCCCCGCUGGGGCGCGCUGGUGCUCGUCUCCGCCCGCGACCCGCGCGGCGCGCUCGCGUCGCACCGGCGCAUGGGCUGGGCGCAGGAGCUCCCGGCGGAGCACGCGGCGCAUCACGCGGCGUGGCAGCGCCACGCCGCGGCCACGGUCGCCUUCGGCGACAUUGCUGGGGGCGCCGCAGGCGCCGCGCUGGCCGCCGUGGCCGCGGCGCUGGGGUUGCGCCCGGGCCCGGAGCAGCUGCUGGCCGUGCAGCUGGAGUUGGCGCAGCUGAGCGCGCCGGCCUCGCGCACGAACGUGACCACGAAGAUGUGGCCGAGGCACCUGUCCGCGGGCGCUGCGGCCGCGCGGGCGGGGUUGACGUGGCGGCUGCUGCGGAACGUGUCCCGCGGGGCGCGAGAUACUG